AUGGGCUUUGCUAGUGGUUCAGCACAAACAAGCGGUCCUGGUCAGUUCCCAACAACCAACACGCUGGGCAACAGGUCCAUCUCGGAACCUCCCGCAACGACCGAAGACGUCGACAUGGACCCGCCUUUCCCUCGCUCGCACAGCGAAUACACAAUGAAGAUACCUUACCAGUAUACCAGCGAUGUGAGUGGCCCUUGGUGUCGAGUGGCAUCGCCAGCUGAUUGCGCACAGACCCAGCAACGAAUCGAACCACCCCCGGCACCGCGCGCGGUCUCGCCCGCACCAACGGAAAUCGAAGAACCCGAAUCGCAGGACAUUAUCGCCGCUAUCCAGAGCAAGGGCGUCAAGGUCCGCGACUUUGGCUACGACCCCCUCCCCGUCACGGAGAUGUUCGACCAGUACAAGGCUAUCACCGAGGUCGACUACCGGUGGUCGCAGGGCCCCGAACGCCUACAUGCUAUCUCGGGGAAGACGUUACGCCGCCUGUUGAAGAUCGGGUGGCUCACCCAGGAGGAGGUCGACCAGAACGCGUCGCCCGCGGACCUCGAGGAGUUGGCCAAGUUUGAUGCGAGGAAGGAACACCCGUGGAAGACGUUUAGGCCCAAGAACAGGCCGACGCCAGACGAGAGGGAGAAGAUGCUGUCGUUGAAGAGGCCGUAUUGGUUUCAAUUGGACAAGAUCAUGGCGGUGGCGGCGAGGGAUGAAUAUCGGAAGAAGUUGGAGGCGGAGGAGGCGGUACUGGCUGCUGAGUCGCUGGCGAGGAGACUGGAGAAGGGGAAGGAACGGGGCGAGUUUCUGGGUCCGUUCUCGCCUAACGGGACGAAACGGUGUUUGGCGGAGGACGGCGAGGAAGUGGAACCGAAACGACGAAGACUGUCCCCCGAGCCUUACGAGGAAGAGGUGGUUACCCUCGUACCCCCCGAGAAGCAAUACCCCGCACCCCUACAUUCAUACGACCCCGAGAUCUACCCGGAAGCUGCUGGCAUCAUCGAGGCGUCGUCACAAUCGCAGUCGCAACCGCGGCCUAUCUUCCGGUUCGACACCCCGCCGCUCGAAGAAGAGCCACCGGCCCCACAAGAGAGCCCCGGCAGAGGCAACAAGCUCGUUCACCCCCGGAAGAACGGCAUGAAGAGGGGCUUGAGUCGGACGCAGACGUUUGCAGAGCUGUGA